GUUAAUCCUUGUAACAAUAUCUUAACCCUCGGGGACGUUAUAUGUAGAGGGUUUCGAGGGACAUAGGAUAAAGAAUUAUGCAGCAUACCACGCUUCUCGGCCGGCGCGCCGUCCACCCUGCAGCGGGAGUGACGGCCAAGCCGGUUGUGCCCAGCCCUCGUGUGGCUAAUGUCCGCCAGGUCUCGUGCAAUGUCGCGACUGGCCCUCGGCCGCCCAUGACAACGUUUACAGGAGGCAAUAAGGGUGGCAAGCCCGUAUCACUUGACCUACGGGACGAGGGCACUGGCUUGUUCACGAGCACCAGCCCUGAGCUCCGACGCGUCGUGCCAGAGGAUGUCAAUGGCCGCGUAAAGGUUAAAGUGGUGUACGUGGUGCUGGAGGCUCAGUAUCAAUCGGCCAUUUCCGCUGCUGUCAAAAACAUUAACGCCAAGAACAGCAAGGUUUGCUUCGAGGUUGUGGGCUAUCUCCUAGAGGAGCUGCGCGAUGCUAAGAACUUUGAGGCACUCAAGCAGGAUGUGGCCACCGCCAACAUCUUCAUCGGCUCGCUGAUCUUCAUCGAGGAGUUGGCGGAGAAGAUCGUUGAGGCCGUGCAGCCCCUCCGCGAGCAGCUGGACGCCUGCCUCAUCUUCCCCUCCAUGCCAGCAGUCAUGAAGCUCAACAAGCUGGGCACCUUUUCCAUGAGCCAGCUGGGGCAGAGCAAGUCCAUCUUCUCCGAGUUUAUCAAGUCGGCGCGCAAGAACAACGACAACUUCGAGGAGGGGCUGCUCAAGCUGGUGCGCACGCUGCCCAAGGUCCUCAAGUACCUCCCCUCCGACAAGGCGCAGGACGCACGCAACUUUGUGAACAGUCUGCAGUACUGGCUGGGCGGCAACGCGGACAACUUAGAGAACCUGCUGCUGAACGUGUGCAGCGCCUACGUGCCGGCGCUCAAGGGCGUGGACUUCAGUGUGGCGGAGCCGCAGCAGUACCCGGAUGUGGGGAUCUGGCACCCGCUGGCGCCGGGCAUGUAUGAGGACCUGAAGGAGUUCCUCAACUGGUACGACACGCGCAAGGACGUGACCUUCCCCAAGGACGCCCCCACCAUCGGUCUGGUGCUGCAGCGCUCUCACCUGGUUACGGGUGACGAGGGGCACUACAGCGGGGUGGUGGCGGAGCUGGAGAGCAGGGGGGCGCGGGUGAUUCCCGUGUUUGCGGGCGGUCUGGACUUCUCCGCUCCCGUUAAGAAGUUCUUCUACGACCCGCUGGGCAGCGGUCGCCCCUUCGUGGACACCGUGGUCAGCCUGACUGGCUUUGCGCUGGUGGGCGGACCGGCGCGGCAGGACGCUCCGAAGGCCAUCGAGGCGCUCAAGUCGCUCAACGUGCCGUACCUGGUGUCGCUGCCGCUGGUGUUCCAGACCACCGAGGAGUGGCUGGACUCGGACCUGGGGGUGCACCCCGUGCAGGUGGCGCUGCAGGUUGCUCUUCCCGAGCUGGACGGAGCCAUUGAGCCCAUCGUCUUCGCGGGUCGGGACUCCAACACCGGCAAGUCGCACUCGCUCCCCGACCGCAUCGCCUCCCUCUGCGCUCGCGCCGUCAACUGGGCGGUUCUGCGCAAGAAGCGCAACGCCGAGAAGCGCCUGGCCAUCACGGUCUUCAGCUUCCCGCCGGAUAAGGGCAAUGUGGGAACCGCGGCCUACCUGAACGUGUUUGGAUCCAUUUUCCGCGUGUUGAAGAACCUGCAGCGCGAGGGGUACGACGUGGGCUCGCUGCCGCCUUCGGAGGAGGACCUGAUCCAGAUGGUGCUCACCCAAAAGGACGCCAAGUUCAACUCGCCGGACCUGCAUAUUGCGUAUAAGAUGAAGGUGGAUGAGUACCAGAAGCUGUGCGCGUACUCGGAGGCGCUCGAGGAGAACUGGGGCAAGCCGCCGGGCACCCUCAACACCAACGGCCAGGAGCUGCUGGUGUACGGCAGGCAGUUUGGCAACGUCUUUAUCGGCGUGCAGCCCACCUUUGGCUACGAGGGUGACCCCAUGCGGCUGCUGUUCAGCCGCUCCGCCUCCCCCCACCACGGCUUCGCCGCCUACUACACCUACCUGGAGAAGAUAUUCAAGGCGGACGCGGUGCUGCACUUUGGCACGCACGGCUCGCUGGAGUUCAUGCCGGGAAAGCAGGUGGGCAUGUCGGGCACCUGCUACCCCGACUCGCUCAUCGGCACCAUCCCCAACCUCUACUACUACGCAGCAAACAACCCCUCCGAGGCCACCAUUGCCAAGCGCCGCUCCUACGCCAACACCAUCUCCUACCUGACGCCCCCUGCGGAGAACGCUGGGCUGUACAAGGGCUUGAAGGAGCUCAAGGAGCUGAUAAGCAGCUACCAGGGAAUGCGGGAGAGCGGGCGCGCGGAGCAGAUCUGCGCCACCAUCAUUGAGACGGCCAAGCAGUGCAACCUGGAUAAGGACGUCAAGAUGCCCGAAUGCGACGCCAAGGACCUAUCCAUCGAUCAGCGGGACCAGGUCAUCGGCAACGUGUACCGCAAGCUGAUGGAGAUCGAGUCGCGGCUGCUGCCCUGCGGCCUGCACGUCGUGGGUUGCCCCCCCACGGCGGAGGAGGCGGUGGCGACGCUGGUCAACAUUGCGGAACUGGACCGGCCGGAGAACAACCCGCCGAUCAAGGGGCUACCGGGCAUCUUGGCGCGUGCCAUGGGCCGCGACAUUGAGCAGAUCUACACCGGCAACAACAAGGGCGUCCUGGCGGAUGUAGACACCCUGCAACGCAUCACGGAGGCCUCCCGCGCCUGCGUCCGCGAGUUUGUGAAGGACCGCACCGGCCUGAACGGCCGCAUCGGCACCAACUGGUUCACGCAGCUGCUCAAGUUCACGGGCUUCUACGUUGACCCAUGGGUCAGGGGGCUGCAGAACGGCGAGUUCGCCUCGGCUGACCGCCAGGAGCUGAUCACGCUGUUCAACUUCCUGGAGUUCUGCCUCACGCAGAUUGUCAAGGACAACGAGCUGGGUGCGCUGGUGGAGGCGCUGGCCGGGCAGUACGUGGAGCCCGGCCCCGGCGGCGACCCCAUCCGCAACCCCAACGUGCUGCCCACCGGCAAGAACAUCCACGCGCUGGACCCGCAGUCCAUUCCCACGCAGGCCGCCCUGAAGAGCGCCCGGCUGGUUGUUGACCGGUUGCUGGACCGCGAGCGUGACAACAACGGCGGCAAGUACCCGGAGACCAUUGCGCUGGUGCUGUGGGGGACCGACAACAUCAAGACGUACGGCGAGUCGCUGGCGCAGGUCAUGAUGAUGGUGGGCGUGAAGCCGGUCCCCGACGCGCUGGGUCGUGUCAACAAGCUGGAGGUGAUCCCCCUGGAGGAGCUGGGUCGCCCCCGCGUGGACGUGGUGGUCAACUGCAGCGGUGUGUUCCGCGAUCUGUUUGUGAACCAGAUGCUGCUGCUGGACCGCGCGAUCAAGAUGGCGGCGGAGCAGGACGAGCCGGAUGAGAUGAACUUUGUGCGCAAGCACGCCAAGCAGCAGGCCGCCGAGCUGGGCCUGCAGAGCGUGCGCGACGCCGCCACCCGCGUGUUCUCCAACAGCUCCGGCUCCUACUCCUCCAACGUCAACCUGGCAGUGGAGAACAGCAGCUGGAGCGACGAGUCUCAGCUGCAGGAGAUGUACCUCAAGCGCAAGUCGUACGCAUUCAACUCGGACAGGCCCGGGGCAGGAGGUGAGAUGCAGCGCGACGUAUUCGAGGUGGCCAUGAAGACUGUGGACGUGACCUUCCAGAACCUGGAUUCUUCGGAGAUCUCCCUCACCGACGUGUCGCACUACUUCGACUCCGAUCCCACCAAGCUGGUCGCCUCCCUCCGCAACGACGGUCGCACCCCCAACGCCUACAUCGCCGACACCACAACCGCCAACGCCCAAGUCCGUACACUGGGCGAGACGGUACGACUGGACGCCCGUACAAAGCUGCUGAACCCCAAGUGGUACGAGGGCAUGCUGGCAUCUGGGUACGAGGGCGUACGGGAGAUCCAGAAGCGCAUGACGAACACCAUGGGCUGGUCGGCCACGUCGGGUAUGGUGGAUAAUUGGGUGUACGACGAGGCCAACUCGACGUUCAUUGAGGACGAGGCGAUGGCGCAGCGGCUGAUGAGUACCAACCCCAACAGCUUCCGGAAGUUGGUUGCGACGUUCCUGGAGGCUAACGGUCGCGGUUACUGGGACGCCAAGCCGGAGCAGUUGGAGCGGUUGAGGCAGUUGUACAUGGAUGUAGAGGACAAGAUUGAG